AUGGAGGCUCAGACGGCCCUGUUGGAGUUUUCUCUAGAGAUGUGUUGAGGUUGCUGGAUUCCCGUGUCUGCUGCAAAAGUUGAACAGUAAACAAACUUGAUGGAUAACUCCGGCAAAGCAAAAGAGGCCAUGGCUCUCAUGGCAGAGGCCGAAAAGAAAGUAAAAUCCUCGCAGUCGUUCCUUGGCUCUCUGUUUGGGGGCUCUUCAAAGAUGGAGGAUGCCUGUGACAUGUAUGCUAGAGCAGCCAACAUGUUCAAGAUGGCCAAGAACUGGAGUGCUGCAGGUAAUGCUUUCUCUCAGGCGGCUCUCCUGCACCUGCAGAUGCAGAGUAAACACGAUGGAGCCACAAACUACAUAGAUGCCGGAAAUGCCUUUAAAAAAUCUGAUCCUCAAGAGGCCAUAAACUGCCUGAACAGAGCCAUUGAGAUAUAUACAGACAUGGGUCGAUUCACAAUAGCAGCCAAGCAUCACGUCACCAUCGCUGAGAUUUAUGAAACAGAGCUUGUUGACAUUGACAAGGCAAUAGCUCAUUAUGAACAGGCAGCAGAUUAUUAUAAAGGCGAGGAGUCUACAAGUUCAGCAAACAAGUGUCUGCUCAAAGUUGCAACAUACGCCGCUCAGCUGGAGCAGUACCCCAAGGCUAUCGAGAUAUAUGAACAGGUUGCAACCCAUGCAAUGGACAGCAAUCUGCUGAAGUACAGUGCAAAGGAUUAUUUCUUCAAAGCUGCUCUCUGCCACUUCUGUGUGGAUAUGCUUAAUGCUAAGCUCGCAUUGCAGAAGUAUGAGGAAAUGUUUCCAGCCUUUUCAGAUUCACGUGAUUGCAAACUGGUGAAGAAACUUUUAGAUGCCUUUGAGGAACAGAAUGUAGACGCAUUUACAGACGCCGUGAAGGAGUAUGACACCAUCUCACGACUGGAUCAGUGGCUCACUACAAUGCUGCUCCGCAUCAAGAAAACCAUACAGGAAGAUGAAAGUGACCUUCGCUAGGACCCUCUUUCCCUAAACUCUGCCAUGUCUUUAGUUUCCGCUCCCUCUCAGUUGUGCAUUUAACACCGUGACUUCAGUACAAUGGCAGACCUUCACAAUCUCUAUUUUACCUCCUGAACCUUUCAGCACCAGCUGUCAGUGCCUUAAUACCCUCGCUUUAUCUGUGCUGCUCAGUCAUGGACGCCGUUGUAUCACCAGACCUCAAAACACACUACAUGAAGGCUGGUUGUUUAAACGGGAUUUACAGAUAUUGCAAUAAUAUGGGGUACCGUGCACACCAAGCUUUAGAAGGGAAGACAUUGCCUUGUGCUCGACUGACAUAGAGAAAGCCUGCCUUACCGUGCACAAAAAAGCCUUGUUCGAAAUAGGAUUCCCUGCAGUGGCGCGUAUAUUUUUAGUCUUAUCAGAAAUGCCACGCUUUGUAUCUCUUUGUAUUUUUGCUUCAUGUUUCUUGCAUUGACUCACUUCUGAAAAAAUGCUUUGUAAUGCUUGUAGAUUUUUUAUUUUGAAAUAGUGUAAUGUGAAAAGAGAGUGAAAUGAUGAUUUAACCUAUACAGGCCUGAUAUAUUGUUUCAAUGUGUUUUUCUGUAUUUUCCUCAACCACCAAAAAAAAAGACAUAAGUGUUAAGGGUAAAAUCACUUUUAAUGAAUCCUUUAAAUAAAAACUCUUGUUAGUUCUCAUCUCUGGCAGCCCGACGAACCACACAUUUACCAAACAAAAUUAUGCUGAUGGUUUUCAAAUAAAAUUCUUAGUUUACUGAUAAA